AUCAACCCUCUAAUCUGUAGAUGCUUUUUGAGACUAUUGUUGCUGCUUUUGAUGCCCUUGUUGUUCCAUUUCUUCUAUUCAUAUCUCCAACAUCUCCAAUUACUAUCGCAACUAUUCACCUCCCUUUUGUCACAUCCCACUCUGAUUAACUAAUCUGUUUUAUUUUUCCUUCCAACUCAAUAUCUUAAUUAAGCAUCUAGACCUAGUAUCGAGAUUUGGUACCUACUUUUGGUAUCCAAAAUUUACUAUCUUGAUCGAAUUUUAUCACUGUCUAUAUUCCAAGCAUCUUAUUCUAUAAUAUACAACAACUUACCUUAGUACUUCAUACAUAAUACAUCUUAUUAUGGUUUUACUAAUAAAUCCAUCACUAUUUAUAAAGAAUAACCUAAUUUCUUCUUUAUCAAAAAAAUCUUUUCCAAAAAAUUUAAAUUUCAUUUCAACUUCAAAAAGAUCUAUAUCAAUCAGUAAUAAUUAUAAUUAUAAUCAUACCUAUAAUUAUAAUUAUAACUAUAAAUAUAAUAGCAAUCUUCUAUUUCAUAACUCACCUUCAAUCUCUUUUAAUCCACUUUGUAAUAAAACUGACCUUAAAAAGCAAAACAUUUUCGGCUACUUUAUAUCAAAAAGAUUUAAAUCUAAUACUCCGCCAAAUAACCAUACUAUCAAAGAUAACCAAAACAAUCAAAACAAUCAAAACAAUCAAAACAAUCAAAAUGAUCAAAAUGAUCAAAAUAAUACUAUAAAAAAAAGUGAUGAAAUUUUGCCUCCAUCAAGAAUUUUUAAUCCCUCUGAGUUAAUCCUAUCUUCAGCAGAAAACACCACAAAAAACUACAACGACUUUAAAUCAAUGGCCAAACUAUUCUCCCUCGCAAAACCUGAAAUAAAUCUUCUUCUUCUAGUCUUAUUCUGUUUAAUUAUUUCUUCCUCAGUAUCAAUGUCUCUACCUCUUGUCUUGGGUAUACUCUUGGACGCUGAAAAUGAUCGUUUUAAAUCUUACAACUCUAAAAAUGAUCCCAAUGACAACUCCCCACAAGUUUUCGGUUUACCCUUAAAUUAUUUUCUAUUCGGUUUAGCAGGCUUUUUCUUGAUCGGUGCAAUUGCAAAUUCUUAUCGUAUUAUCCUUUUAAAGACAAUUGGCGAAAGAGUCAUUGCAAGAUUAAGAGUAAGAAUCCUUAAAAAGUCUCUAGAACAAGAUGCUGUCUUCCUAGACUAUAACAAAGUAGGCGACUUGAUCUCAAGAUUAACCAACGAUUCUUCCAUUAUUACAAGAUCUGCCACUCAAAAUUUAUCUGAUGGUGUAAGAGCUGUAAUCUCCGGUGGUGUUGGCUUUUCAAUGAUGUGUUUAGUAUCUCCCAAGCUAGCUGCCUAUUUAUUCAUUCUAGCACCUCCCUUGGGUUUAUUUGCCUUUUUUUAUGGUAGAAAAAUUAGAAAUAUUUCAAAAAGAUUACAGCAAGAAGUCGGAACCCUAACAAAAGUAGCCGAGGAAUCUUUAUCUUCAACAAAAACAAUACAAUCCUUUAAUGGUGAAAGAACUGAAAUCCAUAAUUUUUCAAAACAAGUUAGAAACGUCUUUCAAGCAGGUUACUUAGAAGCAAAAUUCACAGGUUUCUUUUAUGGCUCAACAGGUUUUAUAGCAAACUCGGCGCUAUUAUUACUCCUAUCAAUUGGUUCUUCAAUGAUUAGAUCCGGCGAAAUUAGUGUUGGCGAUCUAUCCUCAUUUAUCAUGUACGCUGUUUAUACCGGUUCUUCAAUGUUUGGACUAUCAAAUUUUUACUCAGAAUUAAUGAAAGGUAUGGGUGCUGCAACAAGAGUAUUUGAAUUAAAUGAUAGAAAACCUUUAAUCCCUGCAACUAUUGGUAAAAAAGUAAACCACAAAUCUCUAAAGGGCGAAAUUGAAUUCAAAAAUAUUAAAUUUUCUUAUCCUACAAGACUAAACGCUUUAAUAUUUAAACAAUUAAAUUUCAAGAUAACUCCAGGUGAACAUAUUUGCAUAGUUGGCCCAUCAGGAUCUGGAAAAUCAACCAUUAUUCAUUUAUUAUUAAGAUAUUAUGAUCCAAAUUCAGGUUCCAUUUUACUAGAUAAAGAAAAUAUAGCUAACUUUAACUUGAAAAAUUAUAGAAGAAUUAUCGGGGUCGUGCAACAAGAACCAUUAUUAUUCUCAGGAACUAUUAAGGAAAAUAUCAAAUACGGAUAUACUAACGCAUCUGAUGAAGAAGUUGACAAUGCUGUUAAACUCGCAAAUUGUGAUAAAUUUUUAACUAGAUUUCCAAAUGGUCUCGAUACAAUAGUUGGGUCAAGAGGUACUCAGUUAUCAGGUGGUCAAAAACAAAGAAUUGCACUUGCAAGAGCUUUGAUAUUAAAACCAAAAAUAUUAAUAUUGGAUGAAGCAACUAGUGCAUUGGAUUCUGAAAGCGAAAAUGCUAUUUCAACUACUAUACAAGAUAGAUCAAUUAGAAAUUUAACAACUAUUUCAAUUGCUCAUAGAAUCUCGACUAUUAAAACAGCUUCAAGAAUUAUAGUUCUUAAUGAAGGAACCAUGGUAGAAACAGGAAAAUUUAAAGAAUUAAUAGCAAAUCCAGAUUCUUUUUUGAAUAAAUUGUUA